AUGCCCUCGUUUUUCAAGAAGUCUAAGAAGGAGAAGGAGGCGGAGGCGGAGGCGGAGGCGGCAAAGGCUCGGGCGGAGCGACCCGCCACCCCGCCGCCUACUUAUCAAGAUGCGCAGGCCGAACCGCCCCCGUUUGAUGACCAGCCGCCAUCGUUCGAGUCCAUUCAUGGUUCCAAGGGAGGAAAGCAGCCGCCAACCCAGGAAGAGGUCGCCAACAUCACCGCCGCUUUUUCUUCUCUCAGACUCGGCACCCAAAAAGACCCGGAUGUUGAUUCUUGCCUCGCUCACUUGAAGUUCCUCUAUGCCAUCCAGACAUUGAAGGAAAACAUUGGCUACACAGAUGGGCUCUGGGACCUGUGGGACACGCGUGCCGGGCCAAAACCCGACAGCGAUGAGGCCGGCUCGAGCAAGAAGUCGGAGAAAGAAGUCAAGGAUGUUUUGUCAUUGAUACGUGAGAAGCGAUGGGCCUUGUUCCUGGCGAGGGCUGUAGAUCGCUACGAAACUUGGUGGAAAGCGUUAUCGAGCGAACGUCUAAAAGAACAGGAUAUGAAUAAUUCUGAGAAGUACUUGAAGUUUCCCGAUGGCGGCGAGGAUUUCCCCUGGACUGUGGAUAUUUUGCCGCCUCUCGACGUUCUCAUGAUCUGGCAUGCUCAUAUGCUCAACCCUAGGGCCUUCUUGGAGGAUACCAUGCGUUAUGGUCUCAAGGCCUUCUGGACGACUGGUAUGCCAUGGGCUCAAGUCAACGAAAAAAUUGACUCAAAGUUCAAUUACAACCCCACGGAUGCAGCGAAGCAGAACUGGGAGGCAACAACUGGUCGGGCUUGGAAUAACACCGAAGAGCCAAUGACAAAGCAUCUGAAAUGUCCCGCCUGUCAUAAAGAUAUCGAGGUCCCAUGGACAACCUGCGGGCUUCCUGAGGUCUUCAAGGGCGAUCAGAAACCGGGUGUAGUUGGAAAGGGAUACGGAGACGGGAGCUUCAGCCAGUUGUGCACAGCAGGCUGUAACACCCUCAUUACCCAGCACCUUCUCUCCGUCGUCAAAAUAGUCAACGACGCGAACCACUAUGUCAAUGACAAGUACGUCGUCCCUAGCUCCGUUCUAGACCCCAAAGUCGGCAUGCCAGCCACUCUCGACACACGACUCAGGGAUGUCCAAUUCCCUAACCGUCUAUUGGGGCUAGGCGUCAUUGAAGAGCUGAACAAGCUCAUUCAACCAGGCAUGCAAGUGCCUGCAACUAUGGACAACGUUCGAUACAUCAUUGAGGCUGCGUUAUCCGACGAUGAUGCAUAUGAGAGGAUCCAGGGGGCCAAACCCGUCCCGGCCAACAAGGCGGACCUCACAGGUGGUCGAGUACUCACGCGCACUGAGCGCUUCCAGACGAGAAAGAUGAUGUCUCGGUAUUGGGACAAUUAUUCUAUAUUUGCCUUGGACCUUGUUGGGGCAACGAUGCGUCAAGGUACAUUUGUUGAGAAGAUGUACAACAUCGACUGGCUGCAUGGCCCCAACCAGCGCGGUACCAUGGACCGUCUCCUGCAGAAGUACCAACGCUUCAUGCUCAUUAUGACGGAGAAUCCAUACACCUUAUGUGUUCCAACGCUUGACGUUGAUCUCGCGUGGCACACUCACCAGCUGGCUCCGAGAGCAUACUACCAAUUUUCGACCUUCAACACCUCGACAAAGGGGAACAAGGAGAUGAGAUUUAUUGACCACAACGACAAGAUUGACGAGGAAAAGCUCUCGAGUUCAUUUGAGCUGACCAGUAAAGCAUACCUGGACAGGUUCCAAGAGGUGUAUUCUGAAUGUGUUUGCGGGUACUGCGAAGUCAUUCGCAUCCAUCACACGUCUAACACUAGCUCGGUUUUUGGAAGAAGUAAAGAGCAAAAAGCCAUCGACAACUUCGUUGCAGGCGCCCAACCCUCUGCUCCUGGUACUGAAGUCCACAUUUCGAGCCACAACGCCGUGCAUUCGAAAGAGGAUGCAAUCCGGAAGAGGCUUCGCUCACGGCAGCGCACGGUCUGGAGAGUCCGCUUGGAUGACGCCUAUGACCGCGCGGCGAAGCGUGCUGCCAAGAAUGGCAAGACACUGCCUCCCCGAGAUCAGUACUACAACCAUUGGGGAAGAACUUACCAUCCGUACGGACCAUGCAUGUAUCCAGCCUAUCUCACGGCUGGAAUUUACGUGACCGCCGACCCGGGCGUCAUACAUGCUGGGACUGGAGAGUGGGCCAACUGUGCUCAAGGGUCGUGCGGGACGAACGAUAUCGCAGCCGGUGGCUGCGGUGGCCCUGGUGGAUGCACGAGUCUGGAUGGAUAUUGGAGUGUUAAAUAUUCCUCAGCAGGCUUGUGUGGAGCAGCGUACGCAGGAUUGGCCGCGGGAGGAUGCGGUGGAGGAGGUGGUUGCGGCGGCGGAGGAGGAUCGUGA